AUGACAAACGUAGCCCAGCAGCGACCAGCGUGCUGCAAAACCGAGCGAGCGGCUAAAAAAACCGACCACCGAAGCGAUCAACCAGGCAACCGACCAGCCGACCAGCCGACCGACCAACCAAUCAACCUUAUGGUGACGGUGGCCGAGUCGGGUUCGGGCUGGGGCUUCGGCUCGUCAGAGUCGGCAUCGGGAUCGCUGUUGCACACGCGCAGUACUCGCACUCGCAGUCUGCGUUUGGGGCCAAAACUUCUGCGAGCCAGGCGCCAGAUGGAAACCAGUUAUAAGUCAACUUUCAUUCCAAGCAGACGUGUCAGGCGUACGGUUUGCGCUCGCGUCGGUUUUAUUCGCCUUUCAGCGCACUCUUGGCAGGCAGCAGUCGCCAAGCUAAUCAACCAACGACCAACGGGGCAACCAACAGCCGCCAAGCCGCCAAGCAUCGAAGCAUCCAAGUAUCAGCCGUACAAACAGAUACUACUAGCCGUAACUCCAGCCAAUAGUAGUAAAAAAAACCGCAUCGGUCGCAGUAACAUUUAAAAACCGCCAACAGCAGUCAAUGUUUGGCUGCAACAUAGUACUACCAGAAGCAACAC